UCGAUUAGUCAAUUAAUUGUGGCAGUCAUACUUCAAAUCACCUCUUCAUAAUCCGGCGAGUGACUACUGAAACUGGUGUUGAUGUUCAUGGCUGCUCUGGUGCUGAUCCAGUACAGAGGGACUCCGCAGGCAGACGUGAAUAUAAGCUAUAUAAAAACAACUGUCUGGGUCUCUGAAGCCUGACUGUAACACGCCUGUAAAACCAAACUCGGGGACAUUUGUGGUCCGCGCCUGCGCCUGGGAGACGAAACUCGGGGUAAAACAACCCUCGUCCUUCACAAACAGCAAAGAUGGCGGCGGCCGCGGUGAGGACUCUGGGUUCAAGUUUGGGCAAAAAUAUCCGGGAGGUCCGCCUCCACCUCUGCCAGACCUCCGCGGCGAGCAAAGGGGCCAGGGACUUUGUGGAGCAGCACUAUGUGUCCCUGAAGAAGGCCAACCCGGACUUUCCCUUCCUCAUCCGGGAGUGUUCUGGAGUUCCGGCCCGGCUCUGGGCCCGAUAUGACCUGGGGAGGGAGCAGAGCGUCUCCGUGGACAACAUGUCAGCCGAACAGGUGGCCGGCGCUCUGAAGACACUGGUUCAGUCCAAACCAUGACCCAAGCGCAGCUGUACUCUCCUUGUUGUGUGAUGUUGAUGAGAAUAAACUUGAACUUUAAUGAGA